UUCUCUAGCACCACACACUGUAUUUCACCCCGAGAAAGAAUGUCGGCAAAGAUCCCACCACAUGGAAAUUGCUUCUAAACUGCUGGGCCCUGAAAUUCUGUUCUGCAGUCUGAAAUCACUCCACAGCUUUCCUCAUUCACCCUCCCACUUGGAUUUCUGCACAGGCAUGAACAUCUAUUGAGGAAAACCACAAAAAAACUUCAAAAUAGCUACAACGGGCAAAAAGAGUAUUAUCCCAGUCAGCAGGCCACUAGCUUAAUAACUUCCAGUCACCUUAAUGUUUGUUAAAAUGAAGACUCUGCAGUCCACACUUCUCCUGUUACUGUUUGUGCCUCUGAUAAAGCCAGCACCACCAACGCAGCAGGACUCACGUAUCAUCUAUGAUUAUGGGACAGAUAAUUUUGAAGAAACCUUAUUUACCCAGGAUUAUGAGGAUAAAUACCUGGAUGGAAAAAAUAUUAAGGAGAAAGAAACUAUGAUAAUACUUGACGAGAAAAGUCUUCAGUUACAAAAAGAUGAGAGUUUCACACCAUUACCCACCAAGAAAGAAAACGAUGAAAUGCCUACGUGCCUGUUGUGUGUGUGUUUAAGUGGCUCUGUAUACUGUGAAGAAGUCGACAUUGAUGUUGUCCCACCCUUGCCAAAGGAAUCAGCCUAUCUUUAUGCACGAUUCAACAAAAUUAAAAAGCUGACUGCCAAAGAUUUUGCAGAAAUACCUAACUUAAGAAGACUCGAUUUUACGGGAAAUUUGAUUGAGGACAUAGAAGACGGCACUUUUUCAAAACUUUCUCUUUUGGAAGAACUUACACUAGCUGAAAAUCAACUACUGAAACUUCCAGUUCUUCCUCCUAAGCUUACUUUAUUUAAUGCAAAGUACAACAAAAUCAAGAGUAGAGGGAUCAAAGCAAAUACAUUCAAAAAACUGAAUAAGCUAUCCUUCCUCUACUUGGACCACAAUGCGCUGGAAUCUGUGCCUCCGAAUUUACCAGAAAGCUUACGUGUAAUUCAUCUUCAGUUUAACAACAUAACUUCAAUUACAGAUGACACGUUCUGCAAGGCUAAUGACACCCGUUACAUUCGGGACCGCAUAGAAGAGAUACGUUUGGAGGGAAAUCCCAUCAUCCUGGGAAAGCACCCCAACAGUUUCAUCUGCUUAAAAAGAUUACCUGUAGGGUCGUACUUUUAACCACUGUCAAUGCAGCAUAUAAACUAAAGCACACAUGUACGUAUAAUCUGUCUCAAUAAUGGCUAAAGGAGCAUAAAUAUUUGUUUAAUAUUAACUUUGUAGCCCACUAUGAAGGAAUUUUAUGUUUUAAGCAAGGAUGUUCAAAAAGCUCACAUAUAACAAGUAAAAAGUAAGACUGAAUCUCUAAGUUCCAAACAAAGUAAUGUGAAAAAUAUUUAAACAACAUUACAAAAUCCUUGUUGUUUAUAGUAGAAUGCCAUUUAAAAGGUAUGUUUUUAUAUAAAUACUCAAAUUUAAGAAGCAUUAUUUCUAUUAGUAAAGAAGCAAGAGGAUAAGUCCAAGAAACUUUCAACUGUUUGUCUUAUUUGGCCUUUACUGGAUCCAGAAAGCAUUUAAGGCUAAUGUUCCAAAACCUUUGAAAAGAUAAAUAUUCCCAAUGAUCUCCCAUUUUUCUUUUAUGAUUCACACAUUGUUAAUUAUGAAAUAGAAACUCUGUUGUCUUUCUAUUAAGGCAGCUAUUAUAUUUUUAUUUAGCCUGAGAAAUAGAGCAUAGUCUCAUACCUAGGAAACACUUUCCAAAUAAAGCGCAAUUUUACUCUCUGAUAAAGAGCUAAUAUAGUAACGCUCAAACCUUUUCUGCUUUGUAGUCACACAGUUAAAGGCUUUAGUAAAAUAGUACAAAAUUUUCUUUUAUCUUAAUAUUAACAUUCUAAAUCUAGUAUAAAACAUUUUAUGAAGUCAAGCAGACCAAAAUCAGUAUGCAUAUUAAAAAAAAAAAAUCUGAAAGUAUAUCCCAUUUUUCAGAAAAUAGCCAUGAAGUUUUCUAUUGUAAAGCCUUGCAAACAUGAUAAAUACUGCAAAAUAUUUUCUUUUACACUAUAGGAAUGAGACUCUUAUUAAUAAAUUUGUCCGAAUAUAAGACAUGAAAACAAAAUAAAUUAUGUGGUUUAUUACACACUACCGUGCCACCAACCAAUACAGACCCAUGGUCAUACAGACUGUAUAUUAACAAAAAAGCUUCUGAGCCACAUCUUCUAAAGACCCAUAAUUAACUAUACAUUUAACGCUGUAUACAUAAUACAUGUAUUACAUAAUACAUUUAACGCUGAGAAAUCAUCUUUAAUCUAAUACUGAUGAUUUAUGAUAACACAAUGCUGUCAGAUUGAAGUUCCGAAAAUAACUUUCCACUUGCCCAAACCUCACUCAAAAGUCACAAUCUCCACAUGGCUUUGGGGUUACAAUACAACAUUAUCAGUGCUUUAGAAACAUGAGUUUGAGCUAUGUAUUUAACAGUUACCAACAUUGUUUCCAACAUAAAUUAUACAUUAGAAUCAAGUUGGUCUCUGUAUACUAUUCCCAGAACAAAUACUUAUUCCUAGUUUUAAGCAUUUGCCUGUUUUCCCUACCUAAAAUGACCAAUCUAUUUUCAAUUUUUCCCCAACUUGUCAAUUACCCCAAAAUGAAAUUUUUUCAUUAAAUGAUCUGUGAUCUCUUAAUGCCACAGUAAUUACCCCAUAACACUCAUUCACUUGUUUUGGUAACUGAUAAUCAUAAAUAUUAUACUGUUUUGUCAUUAAUUUAUAUGCAUGCCUCAUUUCUCUAUGACUGAAAGCUGAGUACACUGAACACAUUCAAUAUUCUCUUUACACUUUCAAAGUGCUUAGCAUAAGAGUGAGCACAUUUGAUUUUAAUAUAAAACAAAUAGUGCAAAAUAAAAUCCAUUCAAACAGAA